CGAGCCCGCACCCAUACCAAGACUGGCAGUGCCGUGUGAGGCCCUCUGCUGCGUCAUGGUCCGCUUCAAGAAUCGCUGGCUCCUCCUCUCCCUCGACUUCCCUUCUCCCCCCUCCUCCUCCCCCUCCUCUUCCUCCUCUCCUCCCCCCGCCCUAACUUCCCAUCUCCUAACCUCUCUCCUCCGCAAAACCCUCACUUCUCACUUCGGUCUCGCAGCCACAGGUGCCCUCGGUGGUCCCUUGUCGGUCAAGUACUACUCUCCAAAGACCCACUUGGCCAUUGUCCGCUGUGCACGAGUGGGAGAAGAGACGAUUAGAGGACUUUGUUGCUUGCUUCCAUUGAGCUUUCCUGCUGCUUCCCCUUCUACUUCUACUUCUGCUCUUGCCAGUAGUGGGAGUGAAGGAGGGGUUGUGAGGGGGAGAUGUAGAGUCAUUGCGGUUAGUGGGACGAUCAAGAAGUUGCAGCAGAGGGUGAUCCGGGGGGAUCGAAGAGUGAUUCAGCUCGAGGGAACAAAGGCCAAGAAGAGGGCAAAGAGGGGAAAAACCAAACAGACUCUCAAAAACAAAGAGAAAGUAAAGGGCAAUGAGGGACAGGAUAGGUCUGAGCAAGAGCGACAAGAAGAGCUAGAGUAGUUCUUCAAGAGGUACCACCCGAACCUACCAUACUCUAGGCAGCGCAGUACCCAACCUUGGGGCAUUUCACAUCUGCCCGGAAACCCUUUUCGCAUCUUCACAGCGUAAGAACAAGAGCGAACCCUCCUCGUUAGGUCGCCCUCUCAGGUCCUGUUCAACACCAUGGCACAAUCGCCCCUUUUCUCCUGCCAAACAAUUCUGUACAUUCCAUAGCAAUCGAUAUACCCCCCCUGUUCUCUUCUCAUCUCUUCUCGCAUCCGCACCACAUUUCAAACAGUCCUGCAGUCUGAUCGUCAGUCUCAUUCCUCUCCUAUCCUCUCCUAUCACACAGCGUAGGCGCGG